AUGUCGGAUGUGCCAGAACCAGCAGUUUCUGCCAAACUUAAAGCUUGGCUAUUCAAUGCCAUUACUGAAUCUAUACCCAAAGCUCUUGCGGCUCACGCUUCAGAGCAUGAGGAAGCCCCUCGCAAACGCCCUUGGAAGGGCGAUAGAUCCACCGCCGGUAAAG